AAAAUAUUAAAAAUUAAUUGAAAAAAUUAAAAUAAUUUUUUUUUUUUUGUAUUUUUUCAAUUAUUUCUAAAAUUUGCGGCAAAUAUGAAAGUGAUUUUUAUAUUAGGAUUAAUUCUAUAUUUAAUUCAUGAUGUUCAUUCAAUCAAAUGUUAUGAUUGUCAAAGUGAUGAAACUGGAGUAUGCGGUCCACAAAUGAUAUCAGAUAAUGGCGGUGCCUUAGUUGUUGAAUGUAAACAUUCCUGUUUAAAGGCACACGUUAACAUGAAAGGACAUACCGUUUUCGAUAGAAAAUGUGUUGAUGCAAAAUUCUGUGAAAAAGUCAAAAACGAUAAGAAAAGAAAAUAUCAAGCAUUAUAUUGUGAAAUUUGUGAUACAGAUUUUUGUAAUGGUGGAAUGUUUUAG